AGAGACCGCCAAGCUCUCUCUAGGAAAUACUCAAUUAGGGUGGUGCCUCUGAAAUACCCAGGGGUCCUGUAACUGAUGGGCUUUUCCCAGAGGGCUUCUACAGCCUAUAGCCCUGCCUGGACAACACACACCACACUCGGAUUUUUCCUGUUGCCUGCCUAGUGACCCCCUACAGGAAGAUAACGGACAAGCCGGGAGGGCGGGGCAGCCAGCUACACAUGUCUGGCUCUCUUAUCAACUUAUCAUAUAAGGAAAGAAAGUGAUUGAUUCGGAUCCUGACACCGCAGAAUCUGGGGGAAGCAAGACAAAGGCGCAUUAAGUCUGAUCUGGAAGGCGAAUGCAGCCUUCACAAGGGAGCAGGAUUAUUCUUCCGACUGCAGUCUGACAGUUUACUGGGGACCAGAGAGGAGAAAGCGGCAUCAGAAACCAAAGUUGCUGCAGGGAAAGAGGGAAGCGGGAACUUUCAUUGAUGGACCCUGAGCCAUGGCAGCAGAGCCCCGUGCCUGAGAGGGCAGCUUAGCACCCGGGAGCCUCCCGUGCCUUGCACUUUGCUAAACGGAGGUUGAUUCCCACAGAGGAAAAGAAUGUGGCAGCUUGUUUUCUUCACUCUGAGCUGUGAUCUCGUCUUGGCUGCAGCCUAUAACAACUUUCGGAAGAGCAUGGACAGCACGGGGAAGAGGCAGUAUCAGGUUCAGCACGGCCCCUGCAGCUACACGUUCCUGCUGCCUGAGACGGACAACUGCCGCUCCCCUUCCAGCUCCUACGUGUCCAACGCGGUGCAGAGGGACGCGCCGCUCGACUAUGACGACUCUGUGCAGAGGCUGCAAGUGCUGGAGAAUAUCAUGGAAAACAAUACCCAGUGGCUAAUGAAGCUUGAGAGCUACAUCCAGGACAACAUGAAGAAAGAAAUGGUGGAGAUACAACAGAAUGCGGUACAGAACCAGACUGCUGUGAUGAUAGAAAUAGGAACCAACCUACUUAACCAAACGGCAGAGCAGACCCGGAAGUUAACUGAUGUCGAAGCCCAAGUAUUAAAUCAGACAACAAGACUUGAACUUCAGCUUCUGGAACAUUCUCUUUCUACAAACAAAUUGGAAAAACAGAUUUUGGAUCAGACCAGUGAAAUAAACAAAUUGCAAGAUAAGAACAGUUUCCUGGAAAAGAAAGUUCUAGAUAUGGAAGACAAGCACAUAGUUCAACUUCAGUCAAUAAAAGAAGAGAAAGACCAGCUCCAGGUGUUAGUAUCCAAGCAAAAUUCCAUCAUUGAAGAACUAGAAAAACAACUGGUGACUGCCACGGUGAAUAACUCAGUUCUCCAAAAGCAGCAACACGAUCUGAUGGAGACGGUUCAUAAUUUAUUGACUAUGAUAUCGACAUCAAACUCAGCUAAGCACUCCCUUGUUGCUAAGGAAGAACAAAUCAUCUUCAGAGACUGCGCAGAAGCAUUCAAAUCAGGACUAACAACCAGCGGCACCUACACGCUGACCUUUCCUAACUCCACUGAGGAGACCAAGGCUUACUGCGACAUGGAAACGGGUGGAGGUGGAUGGACAGUUAUUCAGCGACGUGAAGAUGGAAGUGUUGAUUUUCAGAGGACUUGGAAAGAAUAUAAAAUGGGCUUUGGGAGUCCCUCAGGCGAACACUGGCUGGGAAAUGAGUUUGUGUCACAAGUGACCAAUCAGAAACGCUACGUGCUUAAGAUACACCUGAGAGACUGGGAAGGCAACGAGGCUUACUCACUGUACGAACACUUCUAUCUCUCCAGUGAAGAAUUCAAUUACAGGAUUCACCUUAAAGGACUUACAGGGACAGCCGGCAAAAUAAGCAGCAUAAGCCAACCAGGAAAUGAUUUUAGCACAAAGGACGCAGACAACGACAAAUGUAUCUGCAAAUGUUCACAGAUGCUCACAGGAGGCUGGUGGUUUGAUGCCUGCGGUCCUUCCAACCUGAACGGAAUGUACUACCCACAGAGGCAGAACACAAAUAAAUUCAAUGGUAUUAAGUGGUACUACUGGAAAGGGUCGGGCUACUCGCUCAAGGCCACCACCAUGAUGAUCCGGCCAGCAGAUUUCUAAAUGCCUGCCCUCACCAGACAACUGUGUCUUGUUUUAUACGCAAAGACGUAACCCCAAAGCUCUGAAAGACCAGCUGCCUGCUGCCUCCUCGUCCCUCUCAGACAGACAGCACGUUUCCAGUGCCGAAGAGACCCAGGAGCUCCAAAUAAGAGCCCUGUCAACUGCAUCACUUAAACCUGCGUCACUCAAGGAACCGAAGCACAGCCCCUAACAAGCAACAGCCUGGUGGGGUGACCUGGGAGAAAGCCUGUGGGAAGAUAACUUCAGCUUGCAAAUGAGACUGACAAUUUACAGACUCUGUUGUCACAACCAAGAAUGUCAUGGGCGAGUUCAUCAGUAAAUAACUGGAAAACAGAACACUUAGGCCAUAGAGUAAAGAUAACCUUGGAACUGCAUUCUUCUGAGCACUGUUUAUAUACUGUGUAAAUAUCCAUAUGUCCUGAAUUCUGCAUCACUGUCAUAAUUAAAAAGAAGAAAAAAUUCUUUAA